AAAAAAAACGACACGGUUAUUGCUGGAAAAAAAGAAGAUAUGAAAGAAAGAAAGUGAGAUGAGAUAGGAAACGAAAGCGGAAAGGAAGGAAGAAAGAAAGAAACAACACUGACUGAACAGAACUCAAGCUCAACACUGUCUGUAGAACCAGGUUAAUAGAGGUCCAAGGCCAAACUUGCCUUUAAGGUUUGAACCGACUGACUACAAUACACUCCUCACUUACAAAUUUCUUAUACAAUCCAUGAUUGUGUUACACCUUUUUGCUGCUCCCCUUCCUUCUUGCACUACCAUUACAUGCUCCAAACAUUUUUCCCAUGACAACCACUUUGUGCGAUCUUCAACGGUUCCGCGGCUAUCCCUGAGCCAUGUCAGAACAAGGAUAUUCUUAUGUAGUGCUAGAAAUCGACAGAAGGAUUUGAAUGGUAGGGACUUCAGUAUAGACAUUGUUAAAGAAGAUCAAGAGCUUGAGGAUGAUGGUGACGAUGGGUUUUUGGCUCAAGGAAUGUAUGCAAGAAGGGAUGCAAAAGACAUUGAUGAAGAAGAAGCACAAGAAAAUGAAGAUGAUGAUAGUGGAUAUUCAGGUCGAGGACCAUAUACAGGUAGGCCAGGGAAGGAUUAUGAUAGAGAUCCAGAACUUGGUAACAUUCUCGGGAGUUUUCUAGAGGACCCCCAAGCAGCACAAUCCAAAUUGGAAGACAGACUAAGAAAGAAAAGGAGCAAAAUAUUGCACACAAAGACUGGAUCAGGAAAACCAAUGAAAGUGUCAUUUAACAAAUUUGAUUUUUCAAACUCAUACAUAUGGUUUGAAUUUUACAAUGUUCCAUUGGCAAAAGACGUAUCCUUAAUUUGUGAUACAAUUCGAGCGUGGCACAUUAUCGGACGUCUUGGUGGAUGCAAUGCCAUGAAUAUGCAACUGUCACAGUCUCCAAUGGAUGCACGACCGAGUUAUGAUUAUAUUCAAGGAGCAAAUGUGGAACCAACUACAUUUUACAACAUUGGGGAUCUCGAGUUGCAAGACAACUUGGCUCGAAUAUGGGUGGAUAUUGGAACUGUUGAACCAUUGCUUCUGGAUGUUUUGAUAAAUGCAUUGACACAGAUAAGCUCCGAUUUUGUGGGGAUCAAGCAAGUAAUGUUUGGUGGAUCAGAAUUUGAGAAUUGGAAUGACAGUUUGAAAUCAGAGGAUGCAGGUUAUGGUGUUCACAAGAUCUAGCAGCCAAUUUUAUAGACUUAUGAGGAUUUUGAAUUGAGCGCAAUGAAGAGGAAGCCAUCAAAUGUAUCACUUUUUCGUAACAGUUAGUAUUAGACUGAAGAAUAAGCAGGGUUGUAAGCAUUUAUCCUAGUUGUAUAUUUUUUUAACGGCAGGUACUAAAGCUUAUGUCAACUUGGUGGAGUGUAUUUUUAUUUAUAAAAAUGCUGGUUCUAAGAGUUGUGCAAAUUGCAAUAAAUGUAAUUAGAAAAUCAGAUUAGAGUUAUGUAACUUUAUAAUGCUUGGUGGAGUAUAUUUUUAUUUAUAACUA